CGCUAGUACGUCGACGUUGUUAAAUUCGGCACCACAGCGGAAACCUUCUCUCUCAUUGUAAAGAAGCAUCUUCGCCAUGGCUCCCAAAAAGGACGCGAAGUCGAAGGCGGCUCCCUCAAAGUCGGCGCCAGCCAAAAAGAAGGAGGGAGGAGGUGGUAAGGCCAAGAAGAAGAAGUGGUCCAAGGGAAAAACCCGUGACAAGUUGAACAACCUUAUUCUCUUUGAUCAGGCUACGUAUGACAAGCUGUACAAGGAAGUACCAGCCUACAAGCUGAUCACACCUGCAGUUGUGUCUGAAAGACUGAAGAUCCGAGGAUCUCUGGCUCGCAAGGCUUUGAUUGAAUUGCAGCAGAAGGGAUUGAUCAAGCAGGUGGUGAAACACAGCGCCCAAUUGAUCUACACCCGAACCACCAAGACUGAAGAUGCUGUGGUUGCAUGAAUUGUGUAUUAGAUUCCAAUAUACAGUUCACACACCCAA